CGUCGCGCAGUCGAUCUCUUCCCGCGCUUCUCUCCUCCUCUGGCCGGAGGAAACAGCUGGAGGAGCGCGUCAGCUGGUGAACCGAAUCUCGAUGGUUCAGCCAUCGACUCGGCUGCACCAUCGAGCGGUGACUGUCCAUCAUCAUCGCACUGUUUGAGUGUUCGAAUUGCGGUGGAACCGUUUUGCGCGUUCGUGAGCCACCGACGAUAGAGAGAAAGACGUUGGCUGGCGUGUCCAGGAAGACUGCCCCCGUGUCGGUGAGAGCACAGAGGAGGACAGGAAUGGCUUUCACCGAACCGCUCUAUUUGCCGUUGGAGAAGGAAGACACGACAGCCCCUGCUCCCUCAUCGGAUCCGACCUUGCAAUGUUUAGUCUGUGAUGAAUCAUUCCGCGAAAGUCCCGAGUUUCUCAAACAUCUAUUAGAAGACCACAACAUCGUGAUUGAAGACGUGAACUCUAUAGCCGAUCUUGCGGCGUACUGCAGAUAUUAUCGACAACGCUUCCAGACCGCCGAUUUGUCGUGGCUCUGUGCCUCGAUCGAGACAACCGAGAAGAAAAAGUUCUUCAUGCUGACCAAAACCCUGCCUGAAGACCAAAAACUCCGUGACGAUCUCCGAUUAAAGAAACAGCAUGACAUCUUGAAACCACUCUUGGAACAGAAGCAGAAAGAACGCGCGGAUGUCAGUAAGGUUCGCAGCUGCUUGUUUUGUAGAAAAACAUUCGACGGUAAACCCCACGAUCUCUUCCAACACAUGUACCUUGAUCACAAUUUCAAUGUUGGUCGGGCGGACAAUCUCGUGUUCGUAGACGAGUUCCUUGGAAUUCUGCAAGAGAAGCUCGACCGUCUCAUGUGCUUAUAUUGUGAGAAGAGCUUCAAGACGUGGGAAGUUCUGAAAGAACACAUGAGAAAGAAGCAGCACAAGCAGUUGAACCCUCAGAACGUGGAGUACGAUAGAUUCUACAUUGUGAGCUAUCUUUUCGGCGAAAACAAAGCCAACGGGGAACGCGAUGUGGAUACCGACGAAGUCCCAGAUCUUUUCGAAGAUUGGUCCGAAGAGCAUAAAUUCGAAUUCAUAUGUUUGUUUUGUGAUCAUUGCGAGAAAAAAUGGGACGAACUAUUCAAGCACAUGAAACUUCGGCACUUCUUCGAUUUUUGCGCCGCUCGCAAGGGCCUCGGCUUUUACGAUCAGGUGAAAAUGGUCAACUACAUCAGACGACAAACACAUGUCAAUGUCUGCUAUCUAUGCGAGAGCAAGCAGGAAAGCCGUCAGAGUCUCCUGAAACACAUCGAUGACAGCCAUCGCGAGGGGGGCUGUCCCUCGAAAGCGCAAUGGGAUCAACCAGGCUACUUCUUCCCCACGUACGAAAACGAUCAGUUAUUGCAAGCUCUUGAAGAUGAUCAUGACCAAGCCAACGAGGAUUGGGUACUGCCUGAGGAAACGAUUCAGCCGAGCGUCGAGUUGCUCAAGGAGCUGCAGCUGACUUGAGACUAAAUUUAAUCUGUGCAACUUGACCAAUAG